GCAGUAGUUUCCGGUUCCGGUAACGACACGCAACAUUUUGUUUUGCUGGAUGUCGUCUUCUUGUCGGUUUUUCUAGAUUUUUACAAUUAUAUAUUAUUUAUUUGUCUGUUAUACUAUAUUAUUGUCAUGUCUGCUUCAACCGUUCCGUCUGUCAAUAACGCCCAUGAUCCAAGAAGACCUAACAAAGUCACACGGUACAAGUCCCCUCCCAGUGGUGGACCAGUCGAUGACCCCACCCCAGAUUAUAUGAACUUACUGGGUAUGAUAUUCAGUAUGUGUGGACUAAUGAUGAAAUUGAAAUGGUGUGCCUGGGCUGCCGUCUAUUGUUCUUUCAUUAGUUUUGCCAAUUCUCGUUCUUCAGAAGAUACCAAACAGAUGCUCAGCAGCUUCAUGUUGUCCAUUUCUGCUGUUGUCAUGUCAUAUCUACAGAAUCCUCAACCGAUGUCACCACCUUGGUAAACCAGCCCUCAACGGACAGUUUAUCACAGGCACAUUAAUUACCUGGAACUCGCUUACAAAUUAAACGCCGUCAGAUGACAGGGCUGCAAAGGGAAAACAUUUUUGGCAAAGUUGAAAUUGCAAUUGAACAACAAAAGCAAUACAGUUGUUUAAACCAAUGUGUGUGUGUAAACUAUAAUGAAAAUAUUUUAAAACUGAUAUUAACCAGUCUUUCUGAAAGUUUUCUAUUUUAAUAAAUCCUUAUUAAAAUCAUUA